AUGGGUCUCUUCGGCGAGGGUUCAAUGUUCUCCAGCCGUUCAUCCAAAUCGAAAAGGCCAAAGCCCUCGCAUCGAUCCUCGUCCUCCCGAAAGAGCAAGGAACAAAUCGAAACCAAGGACCGAGACCGAGAGCUUAAAAGGCGGGAUUCGGAAUGGGAACGGGAAUCUAGAGAGCGGGAACGGGAACUGGAGCGCCAACGAGAACGAGAGAUGAGGGACCGUGAACGGGAGCGAGAACGAGAGCAAUCACCACCGCCAUCACGAGCCCUUUUUUCUGCCCCAGAUGCCAGUGACAGCAGUGGGAGAAGGGCCCGUAGGCAGGAGAGUUAUAGAGCUGAGAGGCAAGAGAGUUAUAGAGGCGAAGAAAGGGCAGUAGUUCCGAGAGGAGGGCCCGAAGCAGGAUAUGGACCUCAUCCAGGAGGACAAGGAACAUCAGAAGGAGGAGGAGGAGGCCUAGUCAACUUCCUAGCCUCUCUUCUUCUCGGCGACGACGACGAUCUCGACGGCAUGGGAUACGGAACCGACUCCGACUCCGACUUUGACAAGCCACGGCGCUCAUCUCUCAAGACUCCCAAGUCCCGCGGCGGCGGCGUGGACGACGGACAGGCUCCGCGGGACUACUUCUCUCUCAGUCGACACAACAGCAGCCGACUUCUCGACACUUUCGGCGGCGGUGGUGUUGGUGGCGGCACCCCGCGCAGCAGUCACAGACCGGAUAAACCCCCCAAACGGCCAUCGUUUUUUAAGUCCUCUUCUUCCUCAGGUGGCAGACGUAGUUCAUUCUUUGCCAAGUUCCGCCGCUCCUCAUCCUCCUCCUCCUCCUUCUACAAACGCUCCCCCCGCCCCCGCCUCAUCAAAAAACUGCUCAAAAAACUCAAACGUCUCCUCCGCGACCUGGCCUACUACGCCCAGCGGCACCCGAUGAAAGUCUUUAUGCUCGCCAUCAUGCCGCUCAUCACCGGCGGCGCGUUGACGGGUUUGCUGGCUAAGCUGGGCAUCAGGCUGCCGAAAAUCGUUGAUAGAUUGCUGGCUCUGGCGGCGAAGUACAGCGCUGGCGACUCGCUGGGGGCUGUAGGAGAGGUGGCGAGGUUGGCGAGGGAUGGGAUUGGGCUUGGUGGUGGUGGUGGUGGUGGUAGUGGGAAAGCAGCGGGUGCUGGGGCGGCGGCGGCGAUGAUGGGAAAUGCGAUGGCACGGGGGUUUAAUACGACAAAGGUGGAGAGAGGGAGGAGAGGGGAUGCAGUGUGGGAAAAGAGGACGAUGGAGAGGGAUAGCGUGUUUGAUGGGCCUGGAGGGGGCUUAAACUGGCAGGCAGGGUUGAAGAGUGUGUUGAAGAUGUUGUCGGAUUAG